AUGGCAGAUGAAGAAUGCCAGAGUGCUACUCCCGUAAAUAACAACAGCAAUAACCUGGAUGAUGAGAUCGAUGACCUGAUUUAUUACGUAAGGACGGACGACAUUGUGGAAGUUAAAAGAAUCCUUCAACAUGGGAAUAUAAGCUCAAUUAACGAUGUGAAGGACGAAAAUGAAAACACACUCCUUCAUUUUGCAUGCGCAAAUAACAAUGUAGACAUGAUUCGCUUUCUGCUAUAUGAAUGCGCAAUUGGACAUAACCAACUGAAUGCCAGUGGAAAUAGCCCCCUCAUGUGGGCCAUACAGAAUAAACAUUACGAAGCUGUAAAGGAAGUACUACUUUUCGAUUACCUUCUAUAUAGCAAAGAAUAUACCACAGUGGAAAGGAAAAAAAACGAACUGUAUGAAAAUAUGAGGGAAGAUUUUUCGCAUAGUUCUCUAAUGAAGGAGGAAUAUCAGCUAAGUGUCCAUGCCAAAAAUAAAAUAAACUCGAUGAAUUUUUUCGGGAAUAUUUUCUCUGAUAAUAAUUAUAACAGAUUGAGCAAUGGAGACAGUGGUAACAAUGUGGGAAAUAAUAUUUUAAGCGGUCAGAGAGAAACGUGGGAGGAACAAAUUCGCCUAUACAAGGGAGCAAACAAAAUCGACCUUCUAAGGAAAAACGAAUUUAGUAAGAACAUUCUGUCGGAGGCAUUCAACGCCCAAGACGAAAAUAUUUUGCACCUUGUUCUGAGCCACCCCAUGUCUAGUGUGCUGGACGAUCAAGGUGAGAACAUAAUGAGUAACGUAAACGGCGUAGCCAACCGUCAGGACAACGCACCCAGUGGUCACGAAGACACAUCAUUCACGACAAACCUGGGAGAUGCAAAAAUAAUUCAGGAAUGCACCCAUCAGUUGCUCAUCAGCAGGGAGGCAAAAAUAAAGAACGGGGAAAACGAAGAAGAGGCCAUUAUACGAAUAAGAGAAAUUGGGCUAAACUAUUUUGGAAAUUCAUUUGAGGAUGGCAGAACAUCGGGAGAAGAAAUCCACUCCCAUAAUGACAUCACAGGGAUUAACAUUUGGGAGUGCUGUCUCACGAUGAGCAAAUGGAUCUGUGAUUUGUGCGUCCAGAAUAACACACUUUUUAACAACAAACUAGUGUUGGAACUCGGUGCAGGAAGUGGACUAGGGAGCAUUUCACUUUUCACACAUGCAAACAUUUUUCGCAACGGAACCGACCAAGGACCGGAGCAAGUAGUCAUUAGCGAUGUAAACCCAUUCACUCUAAAUAAUAUUUCGCAUAAUAUCCUAUUAAAUGAAGAACUCUUUAGCAAACUAGAUUCAACAUGGAGGAAUAAAAUAAAAGUAUGCAAUAUCGAUUGGACCAAUGAGGAUACAUAUCCACAUCAGAACGAGCAAAUUGUCACAUUUGACUACAUUAUUGGGAGUGAUUUAAUAUACGAUAAAAAAAUCGUACCAUCACUUAUCCAUAUAAUUAACUUAACAUUGAAAACAAAUGGCAUUUUUCUAUAUGUGUAUAGAAAGAACAGGGAUGGAUCUCAAGAAUUCCUGGAACAAUUAAAAAACGGGAAUUACGACAUACAGUUGUUCACCCCCCCGAGUCACUAUUUUAUUAGCCCCUUUCUCAAUUUAAGCCAAGAUCUCUACGAGGCAAAGUUCUCCGAAUUUACCGACACCUCCAACUUCGUUAUGAUGCGCUGUCAGAAAUAUUGA